AUGAGGAGCUUACUCUUGGUCUUUGUGGUCCUUGUCUUGCUCUUCUCUGUUCCACCAGUUAGAAGUGGACAGAACAUUUACAUCAGAAGAUUAUUAAAUACAUGCUGGCGAAUGAAAGGUGUUUGCAGGCCCACAUGUAAAAAAAAUGAAAUAUUUCAUAUUUUCUGUGGUCUUCAUCAGCUAUGCUGCAUUGACGCAUCGAGUAUGCCUGUACUGACUGGGAAAUAG